GAUGCGUGAUUGUGAUUACGUCAAAAGCCGGUACCUCUAAAGCCUAGUGACCUUCUUUGCGACCGCCAGAAAGCGUUCAGCUGCCGAAAGAGGUCUGUUCUACCUGCAUCGGAGGGAUUUUAACCCGACACAUUUUAAUCAAAAGUUCACUAUGGGUGACAUUGCCAAGGGAAAGAAGACUUUUGUCCAGAAGUGUGCUCAGUGCCACACGGUAGAGGAGGGGGGCAAGCACAAGGUGGGCCCUAACCUCUGGGGCCUGUUCGGACGCAAGACUGGGCAGGCAGACGGCUACUCCUACACAGAGGCCAACAAGAGUAAAGGUAUUGUGUGGAAUGAAGACACCUUGAUGGAGUACCUGGAGAACCCCAAGAAGUACAUUCCUGGAACCAAAAUGAUCUUUGCCGGCAUUAAAAAGAAGGGAGAGCGCCAGGACCUCAUUGCAUACCUUAAAUCAUCAACAUCAUGAAGUAGUCAUAAAAAGCAGAAUAUUUAAUGUCAUUUUAUUGUAUUUUUUGUUUAUUUUUAGGAUUGCACAUGCUGAAUACAUGGUUUUAUGUUUAGUCAUUUGCACAGAAGGUUACUUUGUGCUGUUUAGGUUUAGAAAAGUGGCACUUACUGUGAGCAGUAAGUAAGUUCAGAGUUCACAGCUAGUGUUACUUCCUCAUUAAGGAAGGGGUGCUAUUGUUCAAGUGGCCAAACAUAAAACUACAGCCUGUUUUUUGUUUGUUUUUUGUGAAUCUGUACUUCAACUGUAAUGAGAAGAGAUAACUAAUCACAUUAUUUGAUUGCUAGCAUGAUAGGUUGCUUGACCUGUCAGCCAUUCUGUUUUCCAUGACAAUAUGCAUCUGGUACUUUCCGCUAGUAGAGUCACCUGCCAUCAGUCUCAUUUUUAAAACUAUAACUGAAAAAGUCAACUAAUAUCAGUUACAUCAGAGCGAUACAGGGUGGAAAAGUUAAUGAUGUUUAGGUGGUUAACUGGUGCUGACACACAACCUACUCCCAGCCUUCAUGUCAAGUGGAGUUUCUGACCUUUUUUACAAGGAGUGAGGCAGUGUGAAUUUUCUGCUUUCCCCCUGUCUGUCCUUACAGCUUGUCCAUCAGAAACAACCACUUGCCAUGAAUGCUUUCUAGAUUCCACAGACUGAACAUUUUGUCCUCUAACACAUUUGGACAAGCCCUCAUGUUGUGACCUCCCCUAGGUUAUUGAAACAGCCCUCUGAGCUCCUGUUUUUACUCUCUGCCUGUCAUCAGACUUUUAAAUUGUGCUUAAGGUUACACACUGAAUUUACCUCCUUACAGCAAAGAUUUGUGAAUAUAUAUAUAUAUAUAUAUUCAUGCCAACCACCAUGUUGAGAUCCCUACAGUGUUAAAUCACCUGGCAUACAAUUAUCUUGCCUAACAAUGUUGUGGAGCUCACUUAGACAUCAUAUAGAAAAACUACUAAGGGAACCAUCUGGAGUGAAAGAAGAUUUUGUUAUUUACCUGGUUUCACAGGCCUGGAGGAAUGAAUUAUUUUAACUUAUUUUACUGUAAUCUGAUAGAAUGCAUCGCAUCUGUAUUUUAAUGAGGUUACUUGCUGUCAGUGUGUACACAGCAAUAUACUGUAUGCACAAAGAAUAUUACGAUAUGGUAGCUAUUUUGUGUGGUUGUGGGCAGGAUGAUUGGAGGAUCAAUUAAAAGAAAACGUCCAGAAAUAUAAA